GAAACGCUGUCGUCUGUCGCCACCUGGCUGGAGUCUCACCCAAAGGAGAUUGUUAUUCUUGCUUGCAGCCACUUCGAGGGAAUCGAAGACAGCCUCCAUCAAUUGUUUAUUUUCUCGCUGAAGAAGCUGUUCGGCUCUAAACUCUGUCCCUGCAAGGAAGCGGUCCUGACCCUGCGGAGUCUGUGGGCGUCCGGUUACCAGGUCGUCCUGUCCUACGAGUCCCAGAUCGCAGCGAGACAUCAGGAGCUGUGGCCUGCCAUCCCUUACUGGUGGGCCAACCAGCGCACGGCACAGGGAGUGAUCAGAUACCUGGACUGGAACAAAGACCUGGGACGUCCAG